CCUCUGAACCUGAAUAAACAACUCCUGGGUUUUCCUCUCUAACUUCACGGGGAAGCUUUCUACUGUUUUUCUCUUUUGCUUUCCCCCAUUCCCACUUUUUCUUAAAAAGCCCGACACUUCGAACAGAUCAUCACCUCGAAGACGAAGAGUCAACAACGUUCGAUAAAAAGAAACAUCCGUGUUGUUUGCGAAAGUUGAUCUUGCAGAAGCAGCAGCCCAAUAAAAAGAAAGAAAUGGACGAACAAAAUGAUGUUAACCGGGGAGAAUUCACGUGGAAGAUCAGCUACUUCAGUGAGCAAGAUGCCAACAAGCUUUACUCGGAAGCAUUCACAGUUUCUGGUUGUGAAUGGAUGAUUGUUGUAUACCCCAAGGGGAAUAACACGGACCAUUUGUCGCUGUACCUCGAUAUUCCUGAUUCUGCGACAUUGCCGGACGGGUGGACCAGAAAAGCCAAGUUCAGCUUGAGUGUGAUCGAUCAGAUCAAUGAUGUUCUCUCUAUUAGAAAGGAGAGGCAACAUUAUUUCACUACGAAACGGAGUGACUGGGGUUUCAAAAAUUUCAUUCCAUUGACUACGCUCCAUGAUCCUACUUGGGGAUUCCUAGCAAAUGACAGUUUGGUGGUUAAAGCCGAAGUUUGCGUCUUGACAGUUUCUCCUCCGGUGAACAUUCAGCCAGCUAGUCCAACUGAUAACUUUGACUCCUAUUUUACUGGUCUUGAGAAACUCAUCAACGCUGCUGAGACUAAUGGUGAUAGUGUGGGAUCAAGUUUGUGCCACCAAGAUGGGGCCUUGAGGGCUGAAAUUCCUAGCUUAGAAGAAGUUGCUAAGGCUAAGCAGUCUUUGAAGGAAUGCCUUUCGGAUCUCUUUAAAUUGAAUAUGAAAGAGAGGCUAUCUGAGGCAUUAUCAACUUUAAGCUCAGCCAGAACCGGAUUAUCGUCACAGCAAAAAAUAGCAAUUGAGACAUUUCAGGCCAAUUUCAAUGAUUUCACUUCCGACUUCUUAACAUUUGAGCAGGACAAUGCUGAGUUUGAGCUGCAUAAACUACAAAAGGAUCAAAGGUUCUCUGCUAUGAAGAAGUGCCACGAGACUCACAUCUUGUAUAAGCAGUUAAUGGAUGACCUCAUCAAGGAAGAGGAGGAAGUGAAGCGUAGGAGGGACAAGCUUCUCUCAGACUGGGAGGUCUUGCUGGUUGAGUCCGAAGAAGCGAAGUCGGGCUAUAAAGAUGAGCAGAAGAAAGUAGCAGAGGCUGAGGAAAAGAAGAGAAAAGCCGAAGAAAGGAUGUCUAGAUCAACCACUGCUUGGUCAAAUUUGAAGGCUCAAUUCUGUUAAAACUUUAAGGUUUCAAAUAGACUAUGAGGCAAUUGUUCACGUAAGUAUGGAAAAUUGUGUUUUAGCUUGAUUAUUUGUUGGCCAAUUUUCGGCAGAACAAUUGCUUAGGGGGACUCAUGUGAUUGAUCCUAUAUCAUGUUAUUUCAGACAGCAUGUCCGUCAGAUAUAUACAUACAUAUGUAUGUCUACAGAGUUAGUUUUUGAUGUCUUCA